AUUGACGAACAGGAGCACUUAUUUACUUCUAAUGUAACUUAAAUUAUGUAACUUAAAGUAUUACAAAGAAAGCUAUCUUCAAUUAAGUGGAGCUCAUUCUUGGACAGUUUGUUAGUUUGUCUAAUUUACUCCAAAAUGUCAGGGUUCAAAUCUUUGCUUGGGAAGGGAGACAUAAAGAAGAGGAAUGAGGAAGACGUUCAGAAACCAAAAAUUCCGACCCUACGAGAAGUUCUUGAAGAUAUUGGGAACAUGAAGGAUGACGAUCCCAUAAUUACACUCGCAGCUAUUAUUGAAAAACAUAAUUCUGGACGACAUUCAGUAGCAAAUUUUGACAAGGAACUACGCGAGGGCAUUAAGAAUCAUAUCAGUGGCGAAUCUUUGCUCCUCUCAUCGUCGAAGGAUCCUUCUACCAAACGGAAGGUGCUAGAUGAUGACGAGGACCUUGAAAACGGAGAUGAUAUGUCUAAAGCUACCAAUGCUAGGCUGUCCUAUGAUAAACUUAAACAAUUUCUCACGGCUUGCGAACAAUCUCAAAAAGUCAUUACAACUUUGGAAGGGGACUUAAAGCGACUACAAGUCGAAGUGACACAGCAUUACCUGGGACAAGUAGAUAAAGAGCUAGAGGAACAAGAGGUUCAUGAAUCCCUUCAUGACUCUUUAUGACAGCGUAGCAAAGUGAAAAUUUCACUUCGGAGGAAGUGUUCACCUUCAAGAUUGCUUGUAUUCUCUCCAUUUCACUUUAAUAAAAUUAAUAUAUACUGAAAUUUUAAUUGGCAUUUGCAUAUGUUAAUUACUACAAAAUUUACAACAUGAUGCGAUGUGAUGUGAUGCGAUACGAACCGAUGCGUGUGUCAGUGUACUCCACUGUAUGUCUCAACUACUCCACGAAAUUGAAGUGCUGCAAAGAAAUCCAACGAAGCUAUCCAGCCAGUUGAAGCGAAAGCCUUCAAUCUUAUUUAGAGGUGAAGUGGAAUAUUUCAAUUGUUACAUCAAUUUAUUAUUUAUUAAAACUGCCACACACACGAUUUAGGAAGAUUAUCAGUCUAAUCUGACAUAAAGGUACACGCAAGGAAGCAAUCGACAUGAACGAAGCCGAAUUAGAUGAGUGGAUCUCAAUUGUCAAAACUUGCAAAUAUCUUCCAGAAAAUCAUUUAAAGAAACUCUGCAAUUUGGUAUCUCGGAUUCUUAUCGAGGAAUGUAACGUUCAACCCGUUUCCACACCUGUCACAAUCUGUGGUGAUAUUCAUGGGCAGUUCUAUGACUUGGAAGAAUUGUUUCGAACAGGAGGCGAAGUCCCAGACACGAGCUAUAUAUUUUUAGGUGAUUAUGUGGAUCGUGGGUAUUAUUCCCUUGAAACAUUUACCAGACUCCUGACCUUAAAGGCUCGGUAUCCUGAUCGUAUCGUCUUAAUUCGUGGAAAUCACGAGUCUCGUCAGAUUACUCAAGUUUAUGGAUUUUAUGAUGAAUGCCUUACAAAAUAUGGAAAUGCCAAUGCCUGGAAAACUUGCUGUGAGGUUUUUGAUCUAUUAACCAUCGCAGCUUUAAUAGACGAUGAAAUUUUAUGUGUGCAUGGCGGACUUUCUCCUGAAAUUAAAACUCUUGAUCAAAUCCGAACUAUUGACCGUGGGCGUGAAAUCCCUCAUGAAGGCGCCUUUUGCGACCUGGUUUGGUCGGAUCCAGAAGAAAAUGUUGAUGCUUGGGCAACGAGUCCACGAGGAGCUGGCUGGUUAUUUGGUGUGAAAGUGGCAGAACAUUUCCUGCAAAUCAACUCACUCUCUUUGGUGUGUCGAGCUCAUCAACUUGUCAACGAAGGGUACAAAUAUUGGUUUAACGACAAAGUCGUUACCGUAUGGUCUGCUCCAAACUAUUGUUACCGUUGUGGGAACGUUGCAGCAAUUUUGCAGUGCACGAAAGGCGAACGUCCCGUCCCAAAAAUUUUUCAUGCCGUCCCUGAUACUGAGCGAGUAAUUCCUCAAACUAAUGCCAGUCCGUAUUUUCUUUAAUGAUAAUAUUUCUAACAUGCAUACACGCCGAGGGGAUAUUUAUACAUACUAGUUACAUCAAUUACCAAAAAAAAUAAUUAAAAAUCUCAUUUUAUUGUUAUUACUAUCGUUUAUUUAUUAGAAAAACGUGUUUACUUUCUCUGUAGGUUAUAUUGGCCUAGGCGUGUUGCACUAAAACUUACAUAAAAAUGAAUAAACCCUUAAUAUGACUUUAUCAACAUUGAA